GUGAUAUAUUGUUUUGGUUGUUUUUAUUAGUGGAUGGAAAGCGCUACACAUUUGAACUGCAUUGAAGCGGUGGAAGACGUUUUUGUUUUUGAUUUGGGAUGUCUUCUCCACCGAAGGAUACAUCUGAAACCAAAGCUGGACACCCUGCUGCAGUAAAAGCAGGAGGGAUGCGUAUCGUACAGAAGCACCAUUUGGGCGGGGAACAUAAUCACGAGAAGGACAAAGACAGUAAAGAACUGGAAAGCAGCAGCCCGCCGAAGCCAAUUCUUGUCAUAUCCGGAGCUGUAACUCAGGGUGACAAGGACUUUCCUCCUGCAGCCUCCCAGGUGGCACAUCUCAAACCUCAGCCCUGCGUGGAGAAGCUGCCCCCUCCACACCACAUCAACCAGCACAUCCACCAGCCCCGCAAGUGAGCCCAGGACAGUCCAACCGCAUUCCACCGCCAGGAGGCCUCGCUGCUGUACCAUGCUGGACCUGGGAUCUGUUGCACACAAAGGAAGACCUAUCUAUCUGAUCUCUCCUGUCAUGGGUUUUUAAAUGUUUUUUUUAAAGAGUUACUCCUUUAUAACUCUGCUUUCUGUGCGUGUGUGUAUGUGUCAAGGGACAGGUGCGUAUGUGUCAACUGAGCACAGUGCACCAUUGCAGAGGCACUGUAGUGGAUAAAACCAAAAUAGUUCUGUAUUAUAUACAAGGGUGGUGCCCAAAGGACAUGCCAACAAUGAGACCGUCAAAAUUAUAUCCUUUGGCGACUGUAAAGAACCAUUUGCUGCUCCAGAUUUGAAUAAUUGCCGUCAAAUACUUUUGCCGAGAGCCAGGAUUUAGCAAGGAGUGCUGUGGUCACGUAGUUUUUACAACGGGUACCUUUUACCUUUUUUGACCAAUUGGCCUCACUCAGGAGGUAGUGAGGUUUUAACUACAUUUUAAAUAACGAAGCAAAAACAAGCAACUUCUAUUGCAUGAGUUGGAAGGAUAAUGUUUAGAUAACGGUUAUGGAAGUAUCUGUGUGGUCCAGUGGUUAAAGAAAAGGACUUGUAACCAGGAGGUCCCUGUUUCAAAUCCCACCUCAGCCACUGACUCAUUGUGUGACCCUGAGCGAGUCACUUAACCUCCUUGUGCUCCGUCUUUCGGGUGAGACGUAAUUGUAAGUGACUGCAGCUGAUACAUAGCUCACACACCCUAGUCUCUGUAAGCCGCCUUGGAUAAAGACGUCUGCUAAAUAAACAAAUAAUAAAAACAUGCUCUGUUUUUGUAUUAUCGUCCACAUACACACACCAUGUAAGCAGCCAUAUUAAUUUGUGGUGAGUUUAAAAAAAAAAAAAAAAAAAAAAAAUCCAGCUUUUUUUCUGUUUUCAAUUUGUACUGAAAUAUUUGGUAGCUUUUAUUGUGACCUGAUUAAUCAAGUGUGUGUGUGUGUGUGUGUAGCUAACAGGAAGUUAUAGCAUUUGUUGUUGAUGUAUUGUUGACCAAAAGAGAGUGAAAACAAUUAUAAAUUGCAUUUACAGGAAAAUGGACUUGUGAUGCUGUUUUUGAAAUUGCCGUUUAAAAGCUAUAUUCCUUUUUAUUAUAUAUAUAUAUAUUUUUUAUUUGUUAAAAAAAAAAAAAAAUGCUUGAAAUGGUUUGCAGAAUAACUUCAGUUUGGGAUCUUCAUGGUAAUAUAAACAUUAAAACUCUCUUCUGUACAUUUUAAAGUUGUUUAGCUGAUAGACCUUGCUUGUCGUGCAGAACCAUUCGCUAUGCACACGUGAAGUUUUGACAUGUUAAAUCAAACAUGUAUUUUCAAGAAUGAAAUAAGACUCCUAUUGCGUAGCAGUUUCACCCAUCCCAGGUUUUAAUACGAGCUUGAUUAGCCACGGUGUAAAUAGGUUACAAGCUCAGAUGUGUCUUAUUCAACUCCCAGUAAAACAAGGAAUGGGUCAAACUGCUAUGCAAUGGGAGUCCCUGAUUCUUAUGGUGAUGGGUAUAACCUCCUACUGCUGUAAUAGUAACAGUGGAAUGCCUGUUGGCAAACAGUGACAUGGUGGAAAUCAGGUUAAAACUUAAAAGGGGGAUUAAGGGUGAAUACAGCUAAAGCAAGGCUAGGUGUACAGAAGGCUAAUUAUGGGAGAAUAUAGAAAUGGGAGAGUUUGUGGAGCAUCUCAGAUUUUAGUCCCUUGGCAGGAUGAUAUACAUAUAUUUAAAAAGUCAUAUGAAAUUGCUCAGAUUUUCAAUUGCAGUCGAAGAAAAAAAGUCCUAUCCAUUCACACAUAUACAGCAGUUUUCCCAGGGUUUAUCC